GCGCCGACGUCACGCUCGCUCGCUCCUCCCCGCGCGUCCCCGAUCAGCCUCCAGCAGUUCCACGAUCCGUCCGGUUACUGAAAGUCUCCGCGUUUCAUCCGUUUCCAGUCGCUUAAACCCGGCCAGACCGCGCGUACACGAGUGGAACCCGAUGGCUUCGACGACUUCUGACGGUUCCGAGCAAGAGUCGCCGAACCCGAGCGAACAAAACGGCGACGGGAGCGAGUCGGGCCUGCGCGCCGCCGAUCCGGAACCGGCCGUUAAGAUGGACGGAGCGGAGACGGACGAGAAGCUCAACGGACACGAGUCUACUGAACAAAGCCCGGAGGAAGCCACGCGGGCAGACGGCGGCAACGACGAGGAUGGCGAGACGGAAGCGGAGCCGGAGAAAGAGCAGCAGAAGAGCCCCGGCAGUGCGGACGGGACGGCGGAGCGGAUGAAAAGAGAACAAAGGGAGGAGGAAAACGCGUCCUCACCGGCGGAGAAAAACAGCAACGGCGGCGGCGGAAUGAAGAGGCGCGCGAGUCUGGAGAUGAUGAGCUCAUCGUCGGACGGAGAGCCUCUCAGCCGCAUGGACUCCGAGGACAGUAUCAGCAGUACUCUCAUGGACAUGGAGAGCAUCGCAUCCAGCGGUCGCUCUACGCCAGCUAUGAUGAACGGUCACGGUGGGGCGUCUUCCUCCUCCACUAAGGGCUCAUCUUACCCCUGCUGCUGGGAUCAGUGCCACAUGCUGUUCAACACCAGCCCGGACCUGGCUGAGCACAUCCGCGGGGUGCAUGUGGACGGACAGCGCGGCGGGGUUUUCGUGUGUCUUUGGAAAGGCUGUAAGGUGUAUAAUACACCAUCCACCAGUCAAAGCUGGCUUCAGAGACACAUGCUGUCACACAGCGGAGACAAACCGUUCAAGUGUGUGGUGGGCGGUUGCAAUGCCACCUUCGCCUCCCAGGGGGGGUUAGCGCGCCACGUGCCAACCCACUUCAGUUCCCAGAAUUCCUCCAAACUCUCUAGCCAAACCAAGGUGAAGGAAGAGUCACCUUCCAAAGCGGGCAUCAACAAGAGGAGGAAACUCAAGUACAAGCGGCGACGGUCGUUGCGUGAGUCGCGGCCUCACGACUUUUUUGACGCUCAGACCAUGGAUGCAAUCCGUCAUCGCGCCAUCUGCCUCAAUCUAGCGACCCAUAUUGAGAGCCAGGGCAAGGGUCACAGCGUUGUGUUUCACAGUACGGUGAUCGCCAGGCGGAAGGAGGAUUCUGGGAAGGUGAAGGUGCUGCUUCAUUGGAUGCCGGAGGACAUACUUCCAGACGCUUGGGUCAGCGAGAGUGACCGUCCCCAGCUGAAGACCAAAGUGGUCCACCUCUCCCAACUUCCUCAGGACACAGCGGUGCUGUUGGACCCCAACAUCUACAGGAUGUUUUUCUAGAAGACUGGGUGGGGAGGGCGGCUUCUGUCAGCGCCUGCUGACGUACCCAAACCGAAGUGGACGCGCGGAUCUUUUGACACAGGACUACUUUUCACUUUGCUUUAUUCCUCCCUCACUUUCUCCCUUUUUUUUUUUUUAAUGCUCAAAGUCUGCCAAAGCAUGCAGUGAAUUUUUAAUGUGUUUUUAUCCCUUGAAGAGGAAAAAAAGGCACAAAAUUGUGAACUGUGUCGGUGCUGGACUUUUAACUAUCUGGGAGGAUGUCUUGUGUACCACGGUUGAAGUUUUAAUUUUCCUUCCCUGCGUCCUCCUCAACUCUGCUGACAAGCUCUUACAAGUCCCUUUUUUCUUUCCUUUUUUGUCAAGAAAGUGCCCAUGUAAAUAUUCCAGGAGAUUUGUAAUAUAUUUUUGUACUGCGGAAAUUUUACUGUACUGUAGAUAGAUGUAAUAAGCCACAAGCUGACAGAAAACAUAAUUGUACAGAAUGUGAUAGCUAAAUAGUUUUUGGAUGAUGUGAAUGCUUCCAUAGACGUAUUUGCGUGGUUUUCUUCCCAUUUUUUUUUUUUUUUUUUAGUAUGAGGAUAAAAGAAAAGGAGUGAUUUGUAUUUUUCUUUCCCGAACACGUGCACAGACUCUUGUAACUGCUGCUCCACCUACUGAUGAGGAUGAUGGGAUGUUAUCAUCCUCCUGUUUGUGCAUUUGCUCAAGCCAAGGAGUGUAUAGACAUCUCGAUGUAAUGGUGCUAAAGCUAACACUAGCGUUUAGGCUAAUGCACAUAGGAGAACUAUAGGAUCAAUAAUGAUGGUGCUUCUUAGAUCAUGUAAUAAUCCCCUGUUCCCCAUACUUAGAGAUCAUACUUCUGUCUUUGUAGUAAAGCUUAAAAAUUCUAUUAAAAAAUGCAGUUUUUUUUUGUU